AAUUCCUGACCUGUUUUUUUAUUCCCAUGAAGAAAACAGUCUAUAAUGGCACGAUUAUUAUUGUUCUGCAUAUUUAAUCUGUUUGUCUGCUUUACCGUUCAGGAAAAUGUAUACAUAAUCACUGCACCUAAACUCCUGCGGCUCGAUGCCUCAGAAACUGUUGUCGUGCAGUUGUUUGGUUUUGAUCAGGAAACUAUAGUACAUCUUCACCUGAAGAAUACAUUAGCAAUAAGCAAUAAAGAAUAUGACUAUCAGUCCCUGAAGCUCAACGCCGCGAAUAACUAUCAAGCUUCAGCGACUUUACGGAUAUUAGCGAAAGAUUUCCCCAAAGAGGACACAUCUGUCUACCUUCAGACGAUUUCUUCUGCUUUCACUGAUAAUGUUAAAAUCCCGGUCACUACAGUCAAUGGUUUUCUCUUUAUCCAGACUGACAAACCGCUUUAUACACCCGAACAAGAAGUACAAGUGCGUGUUUACUCCCUCAACGAGGAGCUGAGGAAAUCUGCACGCACCGUCACUCUUACAUUCCAGGACCCUAGAGGUGUCAAAGUAGAGAUUAUUGAUAUGACCGACAUCAAUGGAGCAAAACCACUUCUUCCACCAUUCAAAAUACCUUUAAAGCCAAUUUAUGGAAUCUGGAAAAUUGUGGCCACCUAUGCUGACAAUUUUGAAACAACUGCUACUGCUGAGUUUGAGGUCAAAGAAUAUGUGUUGCCCAGUAUUUCAGUCCAAAUUGAGCCGGAAGCCAACUACAUCAGUGAAGAAAACUUGGACACUUUCAAGCUGAAGAUCUCAGCCAAGUAUGUCCAAGGAAUGCCAGUUAAAUCGGCGAACAUUCUGUUGAAGUUCGGAUACAGUACUCCAGAAGAAACUGUCAUAAUACCAUCAACAUAUAGAUCAUACAUGCUGUAUAACGGAAAAAUGGAAGUGGACUUGGACAUCAGGUCAGCUCUGUCAUCCAAGCCUGAUGGACCUCAAUUCCUGAGCGCCAUGAAGGAAAACACAUUUCUUUAUGUGGAAGUUUUGCUGCAGGAGUCCACUGGUGGCAUUUCCCAGGAGGCAGUGCUCUCACAUGUGAAAUUUGUUGAAACUCCAUUUACCCUGAGUAUAAUUGCAACCCCUCCUUUCAUCAAACCGGGUCUACCGUAUUCUAUGAGAGUCUUAGUGAAGGAUCCUUUGGGUGAACUGGUGAAAGGUGUGUCCGUCACGGCAAGGGCUACAGCAACUACGAUUGACAACCAGUCAGAAAACCUCAGAUUUUUAGGGCACCAGGAUUCAGUAACAGUGCCAAGUAGUAAAGAUGGGAUUGCUUAUUUCACCUGCAAUAUACCUGCGAAUGUGAAAAAUGCUGAAUUCACUUUUGAGACAGAAGAUGCUUCUUGGAGCCAGGGUCCGCUUACACUAAAAGCAGAAUCGUAUGUGUCUGUCAACCAUCGAUACCUGUACAUUGAUUUACCACCUGAAUCCUCAGUAUUUGAAGUUGGACAGUAUGUUGACAUCAGCGUUGUGUUUUCUUAUCGAGACUAUCUCUCACUGGACACCUUCAGCUACCAGAUCAUCUCCAAAGGAAAAGUAGUGAAAUACGACACAGUCAAGCGUGUGAGUGAAAUGAGUCAGAGCCUCAACAUAAAGAUCACCCCUGACAUGGUGCCGUCUGCUCGCCUGCUGGUGUAUUACGUCCUGUUCGGGGAGGAGAAAGCUGAGCUGGUGGCAGACUCUACGUGGAUCGAUGUCAAGGCUAAAUGUGUUAAAAACUUAAAUCUGGAGUUAUCAACUCUCAAAUCACAGGAUGGCUACAAACCCAAAGAUAAACUGGAAAUAAAGGUGUCAUCUAGAAGCAAAGGAGAGUCACUGGUGGCUUUUUCUGCAGUCGAUACGGCUUUAUUCAACUUAAGAUCUAACAAAAAGGAUCCCCUGAAGAAGAUUCUACAGCAUGUCGAGAAAAGUGAUAUAGGUUGCGGAAAAGGAGGAGGCAAAAAUAAUGCUGAUGUGUUUGAUCGCGCUGGCCUUAUUUUUAUCACCAAUGCCAAUGCUAAGGCUUCAAGUGCAGGGGGGACUUGCUCAGACACGGUUAGACCAAAGCGUUCAGUUGAACUAAAGAGGCAGUUUGAGGAUAAAGCCCAAGAAUAUGGGGCAUUUAGGGAAUACUGCUUAUCUGGGACGCGCAGUAGCCCGAUGCUAGAAACCUGCAAAGAUCGCGCUGACAGAGUGACUAUACCUAACAAGAAAACGAGAAGAGAUUACGAGAAGGAAAAAUUGUGCCGGCGUGCCUUCGAGCAGUGCUGUGUAUUUGCUAGGAAUCUUCGUAAAGAGAAUGCAGAAAAAUUCCUUCUAAGCCGGGCAGCAAUCGACUUUCUGAUGGACGCGCCGCUGUCUCAGGUUAGGAGCUACUUCCCUGAGAGCUGGUUAUGGGAGGAACACCUCAGCAAAUCUGGUUCUGUGAGCAUUAGUAAAACUCUUCCGGAUUCAAUCACUACAUGGGAACUAAAAGCAGUUGGAGUAUUCAACGAAGGGAUCUGUGUGUCAGAUGAAAGGAUUCCGGUGUCCCAGGACAUUUGGGUGGACGUCCCAUUGCCUUAUUCUAUGGUUCGUGGAGAGCAGAUUCUGCUCAAGGGUUCUGUCUACAAUCAGCGCUCUUCAGGCAUUAAGUUCACUGUGACCCUGACGGCAUCCAGUGCAGUGUGUGUGUUUCAUGGAGCUCAACAGGGGAAGAGAAAUGAAAACAGUGGGCAGGUGGCAGGUGGUUCAGUGGCUAUGGUCUCAUUCUACAUCAUGGCUUUGGAAGCGGGCACUCAUACGCUCACAUUCACUUUAACAACCGACUGGAUUACUGAGAGUGUGGUCAAGAAACUGAGAGUGGUGCCGGAGGGAAUUAGAAUGGAAGAAUACAAUGGCAAAAGAAUAGAUCCAAAUGGAGUCUUUGGCACUCCCAUGCGAAAACUUGAGUUUAAAAAUGUUAUUCCUCCAAAAAUUGUGCCCAAGUCAUCUGUGGAUCGAAUUAUGACAGUUAAUGGUGAAGUGCUGGGAGAUAUUCUGUCCAUAUUGAAUAACCCAGAAGGUAUAAAAAAGCUGACCAAUCUGCCAAGGGGAAGCGCCGAGCUGGAGCUCAUGAGUCUCCUGCCAGUCUACUAUGUCUACCACUACCUUGACAAGACAGAGAAAUGGAACAUUUUGGGGAAAGAGUCGGCCGCGAGUGAAAAGGAACUGAAGAGAAAGAUGCAAGCUGGCAUCACCAGCAUCAUGUCAUUUCAGCUGAAGAAUGGAGAAGCCUUCAGCAUGUGGGCUAAAAAGGACAAAACCCCCAGCACCUGGGUGACAGCACUUAUAAUCAAGACAUUGUCUGACAUUCAUGAAUAUGUCUCUUUGGACACUGAUGUGCUGGCCAACGCCAUCCACUGGCUGAUUAAAAGCUGUCAAAAUGAAGACGGCUCCUUCUCUGAGAUGGCAAAAACCAAUCCACAUAAACUCAUGGGUGCCGGAGUAGGUGUCACUGAAAAGUCAGUUUACCUCACGUCUUAUGUCAUGAUUGGGAUUAAAAAUGCUCUGAAAAUUCCAAACCUUAAACUACAGGUCUUUAAAGAUGCUUUAGAUCGUGCAAUGCAGUACCUCAUCUCCAAGUUCCGCAAAAGCUCACAUAAGAUUGAGAGUUUAUAUGUUAGAGCCAUUGCAUCCUAUGCGCUGACGGUGGCAGAUAUCGAUGAUGGGACUGCAGUCAAUGUGUACGAAAAUAUCAAAAAGCAGGCUCAAAUUGAAGGAAACCCAGCAAGAGUUCGUUUCUGGCAAGAAUCUAAAACCAAUAUUGAUCCAUUAACACCUAGCAGUGUGACAGCAAAGUCUGUGGAAACAACAGUUUACGUCCUGCUUAACACUUUAACCAGAGGUGAAACCGAAUAUGCAAAACCCAUCUUGAACUGGUUAACACAAGACCAGAGAUAUGGAGGAGGCGUCUAUUCAACACAGGACAGCAUUCUUACUUUGGAAGCCCUCACCAUGUACAGCAUUAAAGCCAAAGAAGCCAAUUUAAACAUGGUGGUUGACAUUGAAUACAAAACUAAAGGUGAAAGAAUCAGCCGAAUCCAACUAACUCAGCAGAAGCCUGUGGCUAAACCAAUAGAGGUGACACAAAAUGAUGACGUGAUCGUCAAAACGGCAAUGAGUACUGGUGUGUCAUUUGUUAAACUGAAAACUGUGUACUAUGUAAUGACAGAAAGCAAUGAAAAUUGCCUUUUUGAUACAACCAUUGACAUUCAUGACCGUGACUCAAACUCAGACGAUCCUAUGCGUUUGUCUCAGCGGAUUGAGGCCUGUGCAAAAUUCAAACCCCCCGAGAAUUCAUUGGAAACUGAGUCAGCACUCACUGUGAUGGAAAUUAACCUGCCAACUGGUGUGACUCCGGUUCUGGAAGAUCUAGAUGAGUACCAGAAUGGACUUGAGUCUCGGAUUUCUAGCUAUGAAGUUAUAGGUGACAAAGUACUGCUUCAGAUAGAUUCGAUACCAUCAGAUAACUUGUACUGUGUGGGCUUCCGUAUCCAAGAGGAAUUUGAAACUGGCAUGACUAAAGCCUCAGAAUUUACAGUAUAUGAAUAUCAAGCUCCAGCAUUUAAGUGCACGAAGUUGUACCAGAAACAAACCCGCAAGCUGUUACGACUCUGUGAGGAAGACCAUUGCCAGUGCAUGGCAGCCGAAUGCUGCAACUUUAAAUCCACCAUUGAUCCUUCGAUCACUGCUGAACAGCGCACAACUGAUAUUUGCAAAGAAAGUGUGAACUAUGCACUUAAAGUAGUAAUCGACUCUACUGAGGCAGGAGGAGAUUUUGUAACCUACAAAGCCAAAGUUAAAUCAGUGCUCAAAAAAGGAGCAACGGAUGACUUAAAAAUAGAUUCAGAGGUAGAAUUAAUAAAGAAGGCAUCCUGCAAUUCAACACAAUUCAAGGAUGACAAGCAGUAUCUGAUCAUGACUGCUGAAAGCAUAAAGAUUCCAGUGAAUCGUGCUUACAAGUACAAGUUCCCUUUGGACUCUGAAGCUUGGGUGGACUUGUGGCCGCUUGAUUCUGACUGCAGUGAUGCUAACUGCAAACAAUAUGUCAAAGUUUUGGAUGCAUUUGAAUUUGACUACUUAUAUAACGGCUGUGCUUUUGUGUAAUCUCAAUAGAAAUGGUACUUCAUGUGUAUGUUCUUAUUCUAUAAAAAACAUAUUCUGAAUAAGAAUAAACCGAAGCAUCUAAAUCAGUUCAA